AACAAAGCCUGCGUUAGUCAAUAGUAAUAAAGUAAAGAAAUCUCCAAUUUAUUGAACAAAAAGAUUAUUUCCAUGAACGUAGGUAAACAAAAUUCAUGAAGCCAAGUUAAAAUAAAAAUAGCUUACCUCAUGGUGCAGGAGAAAAGCUGGUCACCAACAAAUUAAGUAAACUCCUGCGCCAACUUCAUCUAAAAAUCACUUAUUACUCUAUAAAAGAAUCCUUCCUUGCCAUUCUACUCCUAUCCAGUAGCACCUGCAAUCACAAAAUUCAGCUGUUAUAGACUACAAACCUUCAAUAAGUUUGGCCACUGGCAAGCAUCAGGAAAUGGCUCUGCGACUACAAGUGCUUGUUUUUACCCUAGUCAUGAUCAUGAUCAUCAGAUUCAUGCCUAGGAGAGCAUUUGCACAGUCUAGUGACUGCACAUCAACAAUCAUCAGCCUUGCCCCUUGCCUGAACUACAUAACUGGCAGCAGCGAUACACCGGCUGUGACAUGUUGUACGCAGCUGGCAAAGGUAGUGCAGACAGACCCCAAGUGCUUGUGCUUGGUCCUCAAUGGCGGAGCAUCACAGUUCGGAGUCACUCUUAACCAGACAAAAGCUCUGGCUCUCCCGGGCGCAUGCAAUGUUCAGACUCCGCCAGUGAGUAGAUGCAACGAUGCUACUUCACCGGCACCCGCACCAGGCAGUGGAUUGGAUAGUGCUCCCGGGAAAACCUCCCGAGGAAGUUUUCUACAACCAGUAGCUCUUCCUAUUCUCUUCUCUGUGGUAUUCAUCAUUUUGGUCGGCUUUUCAAUGCAUUAUAUCAGCUUCUAAGCAUCAAUCGGCUCUCUGCUCUAGGCCUCUACAAUCAUACCUGCUGAUAUAAUGCUCUUUACCCUGUGAUUCUGCGUAAUGUUAUGCUCUUUGAAAGCUUAUGUGCUGUAUGUAGUUUAGUAACAGUAAAUCUACAAUGCUUCUUUCAUCAAUUAUAUUCUCAGUAAUGUACUAGCCAAUGUUUGUAUUGUAUCCAGUAUACUAGAAACUUGUUUUAGCCUUCUAUUGGCAGCAUUCAU